ACGGAGCAGCGAGUGCCUGAUUACGAUGUUGCGAUUAUAGGUUCCGGGCCGGCUGGAUAUGUGGCGGGAAUAAGAGCCGGGCAGUUGGGUCUGAAGGCUGCUGUUAUUGAAAGAGACGACACCCUGGGCGGCGUUUGCUUGAACUGGGGUUGCAUCCCCAGCAAAGCUCUCUUGAAGAACGCUGAAGUUCUGGAGCUUUUUCGCAGGGCAGAGGCCUUUGGAAUCAGCGUAGAGAACGUCCAAGCCGACUUUGGGAAAGCUAUUGACAGAAGCAGGCGGGUGGUGGACACAUUGACCAAGGGUGUGGCUGCUCUGCUGAGGAAGAACAAAGUCCAGCAUAUCAAAGGACAAGCCAGCUUCUCUGAUGCGAAUACCCUGGAGAUAGCUCCCGACGGCCGGAAAAUCACCGCUUCCAACAUCAUCAUUGCCACCGGUGCCCGCGCCCGCUCCAUCCCGGGCCUGGAAAUAGACAAAAAACAGGUCAUCACCAGCAGGGAAGCACUGGAGAUGCGGAAACUUCCCAAUAGAGUUGUCAUUGUGGGUGGAGGCGCUACCGGCGCGGAGUUUGCCUAUCUCUGGAACGCCUACGGUGUGGAAGUCACAAUAGUAGAACUACUGCCGCAUCUCCUUCCCAAUGAAGAUGAAGAGAUCAGCCGUUUCUUGGAGAGGUCGUUUACUCGCCAAGGCAUCAAUUUCCACACGUCUGCCAAGGUGUCCAAGGCGAGUGUGAAGAAGAAGGGGAUUAGCCUUGAGAUCCAGAGAGGGGAAGAAGCCAGCACUUUGGAAUGCGACCUGGUGCUAAUUGCGGCCGGGGUCCAGGCCAAUACGGAAGAGAUUGGAUCAAGCAAAAUAGCCCUUGAUCUUGACCGCGGGUUUGUCAAAGUCAACUCUGAAAUGGCUACAAACGUUCCAGGCGUAUAUGCUAUAGGCGAUGUUACCGGUAUCAUGCUGCUGGCACACGUAGGAAUGGCGCAGGGGGUGAUGACUGCUGAACGGAUAGCCGGCUUGGAUACACCCCCUCUCGACUAUCAGUUCAUGCCCAGGGCUACGUACUGUCAUCCCCAGGUUGCCAGCUUUGGCCUUUACGGAGCAGCAGGCCAAAGAGCAAGGAUACGAUGUAAAAGUUGGCAAGUUCCCCUUCCAGGCCAGCGGCAAAGCACUAGCCAUAGGCGAUGCUGA